GAGAAAGCUUUCUAUAAGGAACGAUGUAGCGAAUGUCUUCGGGCGUUGCUGGCGUGGAAUUACGUUAUCGAAUUGCACGAUCACGAUGCGGCGGAUAAAGCUGCGAAUAAUCAUACUUCAUCUGGGACAUCGAUUGAGAACUUCAAUCCACGACCGUUCGAUUUGUCCACAAUGACACUCGAGAAAGACAUGACCGCAGCAGCCGAGAAAAUGGCCGAGCACUCACAUAACGUUUGGGCUAAAAAGGUAUUCAAUGAUUUGGCAACAAAAGGCGGCAAUAUGCCUAUUCCGCUGGUACCAUGGGAUUUGCUGACAGAUUUUGAACGACGUAAAGAUCGUUUUCGAGCUGCGGAAAUCCUGAAAUUCCUUCAAUAUCACGGCUAUCGCGUUUGCUGAUCAGCGGCAUCGCCACCAAAUCCUACCUAUGAACAUCUCCGUGUACCGAUCGAAACAUUGGAAACUGACUUAUAUAGGUUAACCGUAUCUGAUAUCAAAAACUCGGUAUCCGAACCUAGAAAUGAGUCAUUCACUUGUUACUCUCACGAAAAUGUUCUGCUUGAGAUGAGAUGUAUUCCUCUUAUAUUCCUCAAAAGUUGCUACGAUUGA